AUGGCGGCAAGUUUCCUGCGGCCGCAGUUGAUGCGCUCGUCCAAAGCUGCCUUCGAGUGCGCAUUUUGUGCCCAUCGCCGCUCCACCCAAUUCGCCAGACUACGAUGUCCUCGCUCAUUACGUCCGCCUCUGUCGAGAUUGUACGCAACCGUGUCCCCCGGUGAUCCAAAGCCACCUCCAGAAGAUCCAGAAAAGCAGAAGAAGAAGCAGCCCGAGAAUGCUGAAAAGGCCGAGAAGCCGGCAAAUGGGUCUGGAAAAGAGGAUGCAAAUGUCGAUGCUGCGUCAAAGGAGGCCAGCACACAAGAGUUUUCUCCCCUCACGCCCGAAGAGAUCAAACAGAUUGACGAUGUCGCCCAAGUGAUCAAGACGGGUCUCCCCAAGGCACAAGCUGACGCUGUGGACGAAGCUGCCGAGCUCAUGAAAAAAGGCGGAAUUCCUAAAGAGCUUCGUGAAGUCCUGGAAGCGCGGCGAAAGGACCCCAGCAAGCGGAUUGACCUUGGGACCACGGUGCGUCUUGUGGGACUCUUUACCAAGAUGUCACGCAUGACCCCAGAAGAGGUUCGACAAAAGUACGGCAAGAACGAGACAUCGGAUGAAACACCUCUAUUCGAGCAGUCUAACAAGAGCGAGGAGCAUAACAAACAACGCAAAGAAAAGCAAAAGCAGCAGCAGCAACAGGGCGGACCUCGAGUGUACGAGUUCAAACUGGACGCCAGCACAAUGAUAAUGACUGCCUUUAUUACCUACUACUUGUAUCGUAGCCUGUACCCGGGCGAGACAAGUCGAGAAAUCACAUGGCAGGAAUUCAGGACGACAUUCUUCGACAAAGGCCUCGUUAACAAGCUCACCGUCAUUAACCGAAACCGGGUCCGAGUCGAAUUGCAUCGUUCCGCUGUGGCCCAGAGAUACCCAGAAUCACCCGCAUCUCAACCGAACUUCUACUACUACUUUUCGAUCGGUUCGGUGGAGGCCUUUGAGAGACAUCUGGACGAGGCACAACAAGAAUUGGGCAUCCCUACGAAUGAGAGAAUCCCUGUGGCCUAUUCCGACGAAGUCCCGCUGAGCGCCGCCAUCUUCUCCUUCGGCCCGACACUUCUAUUCGUGGGCGCUCUGUUCUGGCUGUCGCGAAGGGCUGCAUCUGGUGCAGGUGGCCAGAGUGGAAUCUUUGGCAUUGGCAAGUCAAGGGCCAAACGAUUCAACCAUGAGACUGAUAUUAAAACCAAAUUCACCGACGUUGCUGGCAUGGACGAGGCCAAGUUGGAAAUCAUGGAAUUCGUCUCCUUUUUGAAAGAUCCUUCGAAAUACCAGAGAUUGGGUGCAAAGAUUCCUCGAGGGGCCAUUUUGUCUGGCCCUCCUGGUACUGGUAAGACGCUGUUGGCUAAGGCGACUGCUGGUGAAUCCGGGGUACCGUUCUUCUCGGUCUCAGGCUCCGAAUUCGUCGAAAUGUUUGUUGGUGUCGGCCCAUCUCGAGUGCGGGACCUGUUUGCCAACGCCCGAAAGAGUGCGCCGUGCAUCAUCUUCAUUGACGAAAUCGACGCCAUCGGCAAAUCAAGAGCGAAGCAGAACUUUGGUGGUGGCAACGAUGAGCGGGAGUCGACCCUCAAUCAGAUUUUGACCGAGAUGGACGGCUUCAACACUUCCGAACAAGUUGUCGUUCUUGCUGGUACGAAUCGACCCGAUGUUCUCGACAAGGCUUUGAUGCGUCCGGGUCGUUUUGAUCGACACAUUGUCAUCGACAGACCAACCAUGGACGGUCGCAGGCAAAUAUUCAAGGUCCAUCUCCGGAAGAUCGUGACGCACGUUGACAUGGAAUACCUCACCGGUCGUCUGGCGGCUUUGACACCGGGAUUCUCAGGCGCCGAUAUUGCCAACUGUGUCAAUGAGGCGGCCCUCAUCGCUGCUCGCUCGAAUGCUGCGUCGGUCGAAAUGCUUCAUUUCGAACAGGCCAUCGAACGUGUCGUUGGCGGUCUCGAGAAGAAGUCGUUGGUUUUGACGCCAGAAGAGAAGAAAACCGUCGCGUACCACGAGGCUGGCCAUGCCAUUUGCGGCUGGUACUUCAAGUAUGCUGAUCCCCUUCUCAAAGUGUCCAUCAUUCCUCGAGGCCAAGGGGCUCUAGGAUACGCCCAAUACCUGCCGGCUGGAGGUGGAGAUGUCUAUCUUCUGAACGUCAAGCAAUUGAUGGAUCGCAUGGCCAUGACCUUGGGCGGUCGCGUCAGCGAGGAAAUCUGGUUUGACACGGUCACCAGUGGCGCAUCCGACGAUUUCAACAAGGUCACACGGAUGGCGACGGCCAUGGUCACGGAAUGGGGCAUGUCUCCUAAGAUCGGAUACUUGCACUAUCGCGACGAUGAGCAACGACUCCACAAACCAUUCUCGGAAGAAACGGCGCGGAAUAUUGAUACUGAAGUCCGGCGGAUUGUGGAUGAGGCAUACAGGCAAUGCAAAGAUCUCCUGCUUGAGAAGAAGGAUCAGUUGCAGGCUGUGGCAGAGGAGCUGUUGAAGAAAGAAAUGCUUGUGCGGGAUGACUUGGUGCGGAUACUGGGACCCAGACCGUUUGAGGAUCCGGGCGACUUUUCGAAAUACUUCAACAAUGAGCACGGACAGAAGAGCGCACCGUAA